AUGGUUGCAGAAAAGACCCACGACGUGGAGGCCGCGCCGCCCACAACGCAGCGUGCAAACGAUGAUGAGAUUGGCACGGUGCAGGUCGAGAACUUCGGCGGCGCAGACGACCUCAAGCUCGCCCGCGAGCAGCAACAUGUCGGAACCCUAAACCGUCGCCUGAAGGCGCGGCAUGUCCAGUUCCUCGCCCUGUCCGGUGCCAUUGGAACGGGUCUUUUCGUCGGUUCCGGCCAGGCCUUGUCGCUCGCAGGUCCAUUAUCUUGUGUGCUGGCCUAUCUGAUCACCGGCUUCAACCUGUAUUGCGUCAUCAACAGCCUUGGAGAGAUGGCCACUUGGCUUCCCCUCCCUGGAGCCGUGCCAAUCUUCGCUGCGCGCUUCGUCGAUCCCGCCCUCGGCUUCACCCUGGGCUGGAACUACUGGUACCAGUGGGCCAUCGGCGUGCCCAUGGAGGUCGUGGCUACGGCCGUCAUUGUGCAGUUCUGGAACGACCAGAUCCCGCAGGUCAUCUUCGUUACCAUUUUCUUCCUCGCCAUGGUCAUCAUCAACCUCUUCCCCGUGCACAUCUACGGUGAAGCCGAGUUCUUCUUUGGUGCCAUCAAGUUGACGACCAUCGUCGUCCUCAUUUUGACCAUGUUUAUUAUUACCGUCGGCGGCAGUCCUUCGGGUGACAAGAUUGGGUUCCGCUACUGGGCCAACCCAGGGCCCAUGAACGAAUACCUCCAACCCGGCGCUCUCGGCCGCUUCCUCGCCUUCUUCAAGAUCUUCAUCCAGGCAACAUUCAGCUACGGCGGCAGUGAGAUGGUCGUCGUAGCCGCCGGUGAGACUGAGAACCCGCGCCAGAACGUCCCCAAGGCCGUGCGCAGGAUCUUCUGGCGUAUCGCCAUCUUCUACGUCGUGGGCAUAUUCAUGGUGACCUUGUGCGUUUCGUCGCGGGACCCGCACCUCCUGGACGCCAUUAACAAGUCCGAGCCCGGCGCGGCCCAGAGCCCCUUCGUCAUCGCCAUCACCAACGCCGGCAUCAAGAUCUUCCCCUCGGUUAUCAACGCCGCCGUGCUGACCAGCGCCUGGUCCGCCGGCAACUCCUUUUUCUACGGCUCGACCCGCGUGCUCUACGCCGCCGCCCUCGACAGCAAGGCCCCGGCCUUCUUCAAGUUCGAGAAGUGGGGUGUCCCCUACGCCUGCGUCGGCGCGACCUCCGCCCUCGGCUGCCUUGCCUACCUGACCGUCAGCAACGACAGCUCCGAGGUCUUCUUCUGGAUCAGCAACCUCAGCGCCGUCAGCACGCUGGUCGUGUGGUCGGCCGUGAGCUUCACCUAUCUGCGCUUCUACUACUGCCUCAAGCAUAACGGCAUCUCGCGCGACACACUGCCCUUCAAGUCGCCGCUGCAGCCUUUCCUGGCCUACUUUGCCAUCUGCUUCUGCGUCGUCGUCGCCUUCUUCAACGGCUUCGACGCUUUCUUCCCGAGCAAGAUCAGCGCAAAGGCCAUCAUCCCCCCCUACAUCAACAUCCCCAUCUUCCUGACGCUCUUCUUUGGGUACAAGAUUGUCAAGAAGACCAAGUUUGUCAAGCUUUCUGAGAUGGACAUCUGGUCGGGCAAGGCCGAGAUCGACGCGCUCGAGGGGACCUGGCCAGAGCGGAAGCCGAGGAACUUUAUUGAGAGGAUCUGGUUCUGGCUUGCCUGA